UCCAUCUUUUUGCUACUUUUACCGUUAAAACGCAAAAAUUUAAGAGGAAGGUGUGAGGAGUCUUUUAAAAUGACAAAACUGCCAUUAGUCUAUUUACAACCUUUCUUUCUACGUAAAAACAUCGUAAUCAAAAAAAUUCCUAAAAAAAAAAAAAAAACAGUUUUGUUUUUCUGUUUUUCCAAAAGCUUCACAUCUUUCUUAACUUGGAUUUUCAAGGACUAUUUAAUUGUUGUAUAAUUGAAGGGAAAGGACAAGCAGUUGAUAGCAAUGAAAGUUCUUGUUCACCAUCUUUGUUUGCUCUGAUUCUUUUUAAUAUCUUUGAAGUACUUCCCAAUUUUUUUUCACUCUGUUGCUUUCAUAGCCGCAGAUGUUUGAAGUAAUGGACUUUUUGUCCAGGAUAAAUGUUAGCCAGCGAGAAGAUAGCAUCGAGAGAGACAAGGACCAAACGAAAUCGCAUCACCAGCCGCUACUAUGCCUCGUCGUUCGCCCUUCAGUCAGCGACGGUGGUGAUGGUGGCGUGGGAGACAGCGGUGAUGCAGCGAUUACGAGCCCGGUGAGAGCUACGAAAGAUAAAAUGGCGCAAAAGGAAGCUCAAGGAGCUGAGAAGAGAAGAGAAGAGGAAGAAGGGGACGAAGCUCAAGUCAAAAUGACCAAGGGUGUUUUUGUCAUUUCAGAAUUACUCAAACAGAAAAAACUCUCAAAAUUGGACCGAAGGACUACUUAGAAUAAUGAAUGCAAACUUCAAAGACGCGUUGAAUAUUUGUCUAAAACAGAUGGAUUACUUCAAUAAUUUCGUCAAAUUUAAGGAACUAAAUAAUUAAUUCCCGUUUUUCCAAUUUUA